AUGGUUGUUAACGGUCCAGCUGAACUUCGUAGAAAGUUAGUCAUUGUAGGUGACGGUGCUUGUGGUAAGACAUGUUUAUUAAUUGUCUUCUCCAAAGGUACUUUCCCUGAAGUAUACGUCCCAACAGUUUUCGAAAACUACGUUGCUGAUGUCGAAGUCGACGGCAGAAAAGUCGAAUUGGCCUUGUGGGAUACCGCAGGUCAAGAAGAUUACGAUAGAUUAAGACCAUUGUCUUACCCUGACUCCAACGUCAUCUUGAUUUGUUUCUCAGUGGACUCCCCAGACUCAUUGGACAAUGUGUUGGAAAAAUGGAUCAGUGAGGUAUUACACUUUUGCCAAGGCGUACCAAUCAUCUUGGUUGGUUGUAAAUCAGACUUGAGAGACGACCCCCACACCAUCGAAGCAUUGAGACAACAACAACAACAACCAGUCUCAAGCUCCGAAGGUCAAUCCGUAGCUCAAAGAAUCGGCGCUGCUGACUAUUUGGAAUGUUCCGCAAAAACCGGAAGAGGCGUUAGAGAAGUCUUUGAAGCAGCAACAAGAGCAAGUUUGAGGACCAAGGACAAAAGAGAAGGUAAGAAGAAGAAGAAGAAGUGUGUCAUUGUUUAG